AUGGAGCCGCGCGCGCUGCGGCCCCCGAGGCUGCCCGGGCUGCUGGCGGCGCUGGCGCUGCUGCUGGCGGCGCCGGGGCCCCGCGCCUCGGCCGCGCGGGGCCCGGAGCUGUGGCCUCUGCCGCUGUCGGUGCAGGCGGCCCCGCGCGUGCUGCACCUCUCCCCCGACGCCUUCCACAUCGCCAACGACCCCGCGUCCAAGGCGGGCGCGUCCUGCACCCUCCUGCAGGAGGCCUUCCGCCGGUAUCAAAACUAUAUCUUUGGAGACCGCGUGUUGAAUCAUCUCCCCGCUAAAUCUCGCGUUAAAGCGGACAUACAGCAACUUCUCGUCUCCGUUGUCCUUGACUCAGAAUGUGAAAUGUAUCCCAGUAUCACUUCAGAUGAGUCCUAUUCUUUAGUUGUAAAAGAACCAGUGGCUUUCCUCAAGGCCAACAGAGUCUGGGGAGUAUUACGAGGUUUGGAGACCUUUAGCCAGUUAGUAUAUCAAGAUACUUAUGGGACUUUCACUGUCAAUGAAUCCACCAUUACUGAUUCUCCAAGGUUUCCUCAUAGAGGAAUUUUAAUUGAUACAGCCAGACACUUUCUGCCAGUUAAGAGUAUUCUUAAAACUCUGGACGCCAUGGCUUUUAAUAAGUUUAAUGUUCUCCACUGGCACAUAGUUGAUGACCAGUCUUUCCCUUAUCAAAGCACCACUUUUCCAGAGUUAAGCAACAAAGGAAGCUAUUCUAAGUCUCAUGUUUAUACACCAAAUGAGGUCCGUUCGGUGAUUGAAUAUGCCCGAUUACGGGGGAUUCGAGUCAUACCAGAAUUUGAUAGCCCCGGACAUACACAGUCUUGGGGAAAAGGUCAGGAAAAUCUCCUGACUCCAUGUUACGGUGGCCAUCAACCUGAAAUUUCUGGACCUAUAAACCCUACUUUGAACACAACUUACAGUUUCCUGUGUAAACUCUUCAAAGAAAUCAGUUGGGUGUUUCCAGACCAGUUCAUUCAUUUGGGAGGAGAUGAAGUGGAAUUUGAGUGCUGGGAGAGCAAUCCAGAUAUCCAGAAAUUCAUGAAGCAGAAAGGCUUCGGCACUGAUUUUAGAGAACUAGAAUCUUUCUAUAUGCAAAAGCUUUUGAAUAUUAUUUCAACUCUAAAGAAGGGAUCCAUAGUCUGGCAAGAGGUUUUUGAUAAUCAUGUAAAGCUUCAGCAAGGCACUAUAGUUCAAGUAUGGAAAGAGGAAAUGUAUACUGAUGAUCUGCGUGCAAUCACAGCAGCUGGCUUCCCUGUGAUCCUCUCUGCUCCGUGGUACUUGGACAGGAUCAGUUAUGGACAAGACUGGAGAGUAUACUAUGCAGUGGAACCUCUUGAUUUUAGUGGUACUCAGGAACAGAAACAACUUGUCCUUGGUGGAGAAGCUUGUCUGUGGGGAGAAUAUGUGGAUUCAACUAACCUCUCUCCGAGAUUAUGGCCUCGGGCAAGUGCUAUUGGUGAGAGACUCUGGAGUGGGAAAGAGGUCAGAAGUUUAGAUGAUGCCUACAAAAGACUAUCAGCUCACCGCUGCAGAAUGGUCCGACGCGGAAUAGCUGCAGAACCUCUUUUUACUGGAUAUUGUGACAAUGUGUUGAAAUGA